AUGCGGCCUCUAUCUCAUCCCGCGCUGCGAUUGUACGUCUUCCCGUCGUGCAGACGUGGCCCUCAGGCGGCGAGGAGGACGUUUACUUCGACCUCCAAAUUAACCCAACGCCCCGAUAUCUAUGACAUAGUCUGUGUUGGCGGAGGGCCUGCGGGUUUAAGUCUCUUGGCUGCUUUACGAUCCUCGCCGGUAUCCUCAAAGCUUCGGAUAGCACUGAUCGAAAGCCAAGAUCUCUCCAAGAUAAGGUCAUGGAAGCCGGAUCCCACUCAAUUCUCAAACCGCGUAAGCAGUCUCACCCCCUCAUCCGUGUCCUUUCUCAGGGAUAUCGGGGCAUGGGAACAUGUAGACGGUGCGCGAGUGCAGCCAUACCAAGAGAUGCGGGUGUGGGAUGGAGAAACUGGCGCGGAUAUAUCCUUUGACUGGUCUCUCGAACCUCAUUCAACCCAAUCGCAAGCUAUCGCGACGAUGACGGAGAAUCUGAACCUGACCCGUGGCCUAAUAAGAAGCAUAGAAUCGUCGGGAAAUGAUGUGUCCGUUUUUUCGGGUACCACAGUCUCCUCAAUAGGCAAUGGGGAAGAUUAUGCUGAUGGUCUGGAUUUGUCGUCCUGGCCCAUUUUAACACUCAAGCAUUCUUCAACCUCGUCCAACCUGCCCAAGCUACCCACCAUUGCUGCCCGUCUGCUUGUAGGUGCCGACGGAAUAAAUAGCCCUGUCCGAUCAUACGCGAGUAUAUCGACAAGUGGCUGGGAUUACGACCGACAUGGUGUCGUAGCCACCCUAAACUUUUCUCCGCACGAUCAAAUAGCAGCAGGUUCAAAUAUUAGGACUGCGUACCAGCGCUUCCUUCCCGGCGUUGGGGGCCCAGUUGCCUUCCUCCCACUCCCUGCCAACCACGCUACCCUAGUCUGGUCCACAACUGUGAGAAACGCAGGGUAUUUAAAAUCCCUCUCGACAGACGCUCUCGCAGCCAUGGUGAACGCGGCUUUCCGCUUAUCCAUGACAGAUUUGAAGUACAUGUUCACUCUCCCCUCGUCUCCUUCAGAGCCAUCUGCAGACUCCACAACAACAACCCCGUCAACCGAACAUGGUGAAGAACUAGCCUGGCGUCUCCAACAUACCCAGGUCCCAUCUUAUGUCCCCCCUACCGUCACCUCUGUCCAACCGGGGACAGUAGCUUCCUUCCCACUCCGUCAUCGCCACGCAUCAACAUACAUCUCUCCCCGCGUCGCCCUAGUCGGGGAUGCGGCACAUCUUAUCCAUCCACUGGCCGGUCAGGGCCUAAAUCUCGGCAUUGGGGAUGUUGCCUCCCUUUUUCGCACCAUUGAGUAUGCAGUGCGCCAUGGGAUGGACAUCGGCGAUCUGCUUAGCCUGGAACGGUACGCAGCGGAGCGAUACUUCACCAACUCUAAGAUUGGGGGAGCGUGCGAUCUUCUGCAUAAGGCGUAUAAUGUUCCCGGUAACGGCCCGAUUGCGUGGGGUAGGAGUUUGGGUUUGAAUAUAGUGGAUCGAUUGCCAAUGUUGAAGGGUUUUAUUAUGAAGGUGGCCGCUGGCACUUAG